UUGCGUAGCACUGAACUACGUAGUACUGUAUGUGCUUGUUCCUAUUUUGCUUUAUUUAUGUACAAUAUUUACUAUCGUCGGCAGUAUCGGAGUUCAGAGCGGCACACGUAAAUAUGUUGGGUCGGCUUUGCAAAACGAUUAGUCAUAAUGUGCGCGUUUCAUCUCGGGUUCCUCAUACUCGAAUUAACAAUAGUUUGCUUAAUUUUAAGAAAAAUAGUACAGGCUGCGCUCCCUGCCGGCUGUAUACUUCAAAUACAAGCAACGUACGGACAUCGGCAGUCGCUAGUGAUAAUCAUGUAUUCGAACAAACUACCGAUGAACUCGAUUUUGAAGAUGCGGAAAAGGCGUUCGCCAACAAAAAUAUCUUGGAGCUUCUGAGAUCAAUGCUUGUUUUGCGAAUGUGUAGCUACCGUGUUUUAGUUGACAAUGCCUUAAAACUUAUGGAUUUAGGGCACAGAAUACUUGGCCAGAGACUGUUCACAAUGAUAAUGAAGGGAAGUUUCUAUGGUCAUUUCGUAGCAGGCGAAAGAUCAGAUGUUGGAAAAACAGUCGCUCGCCUCAGUUCAGCGGGCAUUGGAUCAAUGUUACACAUAACUGCUGAAGAUACUUCUCAUAUUAAAAGUGACAGCAGUGAAAAUGAACAAUGGUAUGAUGAAAAUGCAGAAAAGGUGUUGGAGUGUCUUGAAUUGCAACUUGAACACUGUGAUAAAUCACGACCAUUGGUUACACACAUCAAGAUAUCCAGUUUCAUUAAUUCUGAACUAUUGAAAAAAGUGAAUCAUGUGUUAGAAGAAAAUGGACGUCAUUUUGAUAAUGACACUUUAGUGAACUACAAGAAUUUUGCAGCUGGUCUUGAUGGAAAUCUACAGCCAAUUCCUGAGCUUUCAGAAGAGGAAAACAAGUUAUUAUCGACUGCAUUACAAAGACUAAACAGAUUAGCUCAGAAAUCUGUUGACUGUAACAUUGCAUUUAUGGUGGAUGCAGAACAAUACAAUCUACGCUCAGCAAUGGCUAUGAUUGUGGUCUCAAUGAUGUCAAAGUUCAACCGUGAGAAGACAUUAAUAUGGAACACGUAUCAGGCAUACUUGAAGGAAACCCUUAGCAAUAUACGCAGAGACGUUGAGCUGGCAAAGAAAGCAAACUUCGGUUUUGGAUACAAGAUUGUUAGAGGCGCAUACAUGGAAAAUGAACGACGUCUAGCCCUGAAGCACGGCAUUGAAUAUCCUAUCAAUGAAACAUAUGACGAUACAAGCGCAAUGUAUAAUAAGUGCGUGGAGUACUCCAUCAAAUUGAUUCGUGAUUCACCCAGAGGACAGUUCAUCACAAUGGUUGCCACACAUAAUGAAAACUCUGUUAGAAAUGCUGUUGCAUUAAUGAAGGAAGCAGGUAUAGAAAAAGAUUCUGGACAAUUGUUCUUCGGACAACUUUUGGGCAUGUGCGAUCAUGUUUCUUACAACCUAGGUGAUGCAGGGUAUCUGGUGUACAAGUCAGUUCCAUAUGGACCAAUAAGAGAUGUGAUGCCGAAUAUGUCACGCAGGGCUGCUGAAAACAAGUCCGUCUUUGCCAGGCUAGACAAGGAGAAAAAACUGGUUGGGCAGGCUUUCAAGAAGAGGAUGCUAAGUCUUUCUUGAUGUACAUAAAUAAUAAAAGAAGUCGGUCUUUGCCAGGCUAGAUACGGAGAAAAAAACUGGUUGGGCAGGCUUUCAAGAAUCGCCCUUGAUGUACAUAAAUUGUAAAAUACAAAUGAAGGAGAGGGGUAUCUGGUUACAAUAGCAAGGAAGCUGUUUUGAUAGUGAAAACAGGGCGGGAGAGGUCUGCGCUUUUUUUUUUAUAUACUUCCAGGUUCAGGGACAAAUGCAAGUAUUUCUAGAGGGGAGGGGUAUAUGGCCACAUUAGCAAGGAAACUUGCUUUUUUUUGCAAAUUUAAAAAGUGCGGGUGGAGGAAGAUAUUUGUACUGCCUAUCCGCUUGCACAAAGAUUACUUAAAGAAAUUUGUGUACUUUUCCAUACUGCUUUAUAAUUCCCAACUCAAAUCUCAACAGUUAAAACACUCACUUAAUUUUUUUCUACAACAUAUUUUGACUUGUUGCCUUUUUUUUGCAUUCAGCAGCAAGAAGCCUGCAAAGUACAGAAUGGAAGGUAUAUCACAAAAAUAGAACAAUACAAAACAUUAAAUACGUUACAGUAUUUAUAUUUUCUCUUUUAUAUAAAAUUAUGUAAUUAAACAUUCUUUUCUGAUAUUUCGUAAUGUAUACUUUAUAAAAAACAUAUUAUAUUAACACAGUUGCAUAGUACCCUUGUUAUUAUAGCAGCCAUAACCAGUAUAAGAUUAGGACAGUAACUUGUUUAUUAUAGAGGUGUUUAUUUACUAUUAAUUGAUAUCAUAAUGGUCACAAGGUUACAAGUAGAUAGUAAGCAAAGUGAAGGAAUACACAGGAAAGUAUACAAUUUACAUACAAAAUGAAACAAAAAAAAAGAAAGAAAAUAAUUGAAAUACAGCCUGAGUAUGUGUAUGUUAUUUAACAGAUAUAUUAGACUUGUUAUAUUUAUGCUCAAUGCAACAACCCAACUCGUGCCAUUAGGUAUGUAUAUUCUGUGUAUAAACAUACGCGUACUUGUUCUAUAUCAUAUGUUAGGGUUGUUUACAAACAAGUGAAUAUUUCAUACCAUUACAUUGAUCAAUGACAGGGCUAGAUGCAGAUAAAGAGAAAAAUAAUAUGGGUAGGGGGCCAUGCUGUGUGUUGAGGACCGAGCGGAUUGAUUUGGGGGGUGGAAGUUUGAAAUUUUUGUUUAAACAUUUUUUUUUUUGUGGAGGUGGGGUGGUGGGGCUAGCACCUGUUUUCCCCUCGGUUCCGCACGUUAGUCGGUAAUCUUGACUAUUUAGUGACUAUUUAAUUUCUUCAAAGUCUGGAAUGCAAUUUCAUUAGAUAUCGUUUAGCUAUUCCUUCACUUUGCAAUCUUUUAAACAACACGAUUUUGUAAAUUGUUUUGGUUCUUGUACAUAUGUGUGUAUAUAUUUAAAUAUUUUUCUCCAAAUUCCAUUUUUUUUUAACACAUUUAUAUUAAAGCUUUUAGAACACAAUAUUAGAGACUGGUAAUCUCGUUGUUUGAAUUGACAAAUUAAUAUUUUUAGACUGACAACCUUAUCAUAACACUGGAAGAUGUGGGGGGGGGGCCUGAACCCCUACUGGCCACUUCCAUCUGGAUUGUACAGAAAUCUGUUUUUUGAUAUGGGUGCUUAAUUGUUCCUUAUUGUACAUACAUGCUGAUUAAAGGCAUACUUUUAAGUGAAAA